GAAGCACAUACACUUUUUCGAGUCAAGCUCUAUAGUCUUUGUGUAGUUGAGUUAAGCUAAGCUAAGGAAAUGUCAGGAUCAUCAACUGAAAGUGAGAUGAUGAAGGGGGAAGAAGUGCACCUGAACGACGAGGAGAUAGUGACUCUAGAUGAGAUGAUAGAGAAAGGAGAGAGUUGGUGCCUCGCUGAGGAUGUCGUAACUAAAUCCGUUGCUGUCGUUGCUAAACAAGAGGGCCUAGACAAGAAUGAGGUUUCAUUAAGUUUGACGGCUUUAGCAGGCACCUUGAAGAAUUUGACAAAAGGACCCUUGGAAAUUACUGAUGAUCAUCAUCGCAGGAAAUGGGAUGGAUACUUUGUCAAAAGGUGUCCAAGUCCUCUUACUAAUCUAGGUUACUUUGUACAAGCAGCCGUCGGGGCUAAGGGAGCCGCAGCAGGGGUGCUGUACACGGGCAGGAAUCGCCGUGGUGAUCCUUGUGGCUGGCUUCUUGCUUGGUCAGACUCCAAGGCCAAUGGAUUGAGGAUUUAUGCAAGGUGUGGCCUUGAAGCCAAAUUCAAGAACCUCGACUGGGACAAUGAUAUUAAGCCCAAGUUGGACGUUGCUGGUUCCUCAGUUAAUGUUCAUGACAAUGAGACCGGAACCUCGGUGAUUGGAAAAAUAGUUGGCUCUAGCGGCAAAGAUCUACUUGUUGCAGCCUUUGCUGGUUAAUAUUAUGCUCUAUCACAUACUCAUCAAUCAUCAUCAGUUCCUAAGCACCGUUAGUGGAAGAAAUUAUGCGUAUAUCUCUAUCACAUACGAUAAAACUUUCCAUGUUUUACUGUUUUUCGAGUUGCUGGUCUGAUUUGUAAUAAGAGCUUGUCAAGCUCACUUUGUUGCAUUAAUUGUUUUUGUCCUGCUUUAAAUUAUAAUUGUAAUUUCUUUGACGACUUUGAGCUUUCCUGAUGUCAAAAGAAAUAUAAAUAAAAUUACUAAUAGUAAUUUAGUAGAUCGAGUAGAUCCUUUAUCGAUAUCGAUCAUCUACUCCUUUGCUACUAAGCAUUGUGUACUAAAUUAUUGAUAAUAAUA